AUGCAGCAGCACGCAAGACUUCGACCGAUCGAGGCAGGCCUUGCUUGUUCCCGGUGUCCGGAACAACGACCGGAGCGUGGGGGGGGGGGCGCGGGGGAAGCCGCAGCUGGGAACACCGGCGAGUCUAGGUUCCCGGGGGGAAUCGUGAAGAGCUGGUGGCGGGCUAGGUACCCGUACGAGGGGGCGGCGGGGUUCGGGCUCAUGCGCGAGGAGAUGCUCAUCAGGAGCAACGCUCGGCAGGUCCUGGCGUGCGAUCCGGAGGACAUGAUCAUCGCCGACGCUUCCUCCACCAAGGCGGGCGUGUCGGUGAUGGUGGAGCUCGGCGCCGACGCGUCGGCUCUGGACGUCUACCAGCCUCCGAAGGCCUACAAGGUUACCGACCACUUGAGAACCUGCCCCCCAGUGGAGCGCAUGACCCUGCCCCUCUACCCACAAGAACGCCUCUCGCCUCUGCAGAUCGCUCACUUCGCGGCAUGCCUAAGUCGGUGGUGCGUGGCUCUUGUGUUUCAUGGUUCUGUCUACACACGAGCACCGCAAUGUGCGACCUUGGUCGUCUAG